UCUUUACACGGUUACAAGCUCCUCCGGCAUAUUCAAUUCGUCACCAUGGCCUCUUGACAUCCACACCAACUGGGUACCGCAUUAUUUGGAACCUCUGUUUUGAACAGGAAUCUUUACUCAGGAUUAUCUAUCAAUUCUGUGACUGUUUGUGGUGCAAUUCACUACCAGAGGCAUACAGCUUUGCCGAUUUCAGGGUGCGUGCCAAUUUUUCAUGGGUGUCGAGACCCCCGUUGAGAUUUGAGUUUGUUUCUGUCCUAGUGCUUUUCACAAGCUCCAUUUAUUCCUGAACGCGAUGGCCGACGAGGCAGCGUCUGAGAAACCGAGAAGAGUAGUGGCAGGAGCGGAUGCCUUCGGAUCUGAAUUGAAGGACACUCUUGUACAGUAUCUGAAAGAAAAGGAUAUUGAGGUGGUUGAUCUUGGAGUCGAUAAGUACUACUCAGUCGCGGUGAAAGUAGCAUCUGAACUCGCGAAAGAGAAGAAAUUGUCCUCAGAGGGGCCGCUCUCUCGAGGAUUGUUGGUAUGUGGUACGGGCGUGGGUGUCAGCAUCUUCGCCAACAAAUUCGCUGGCGUUUAUGCGGCUCCGUGCAAUUCUGUUGAUGAGGCUAUGAAUGCUCGAUCUAUCAACAAUACAAACGUUCUCACAAUUGGAGCUAAGAUUGCGUCAACUGAAGAAGGGAAGAAGAUCUUAGACGCAUGGCUAGAGACUUCGUUCAAAGCACCGUGCCCUGCAAGCGAUGGAUGCCCUUGGAACAAUGAAAUCGAGCAGUUCCUCGAUGCAUCCAUCCAGGAAAUGGAGAUGAUCUCGCAGGCAGCGCUAGAAAAUGCUGAUGUUGGUGUUACAGGAGAUGAAAAAUCGAUAUCGACCUCCCCAGCAACUCCGCCAACCUCCGUUGUCCUACUCAACAGUUUACUUGAAACCAUGAGCCAUGCACCGUCACCUUCAAUUUAUGACUCACCAAGUUUGCACUCCGAGGCUAGAGCUGGAGUAGGACUAGGCCUCACAGAAAUUCGAGCACCUACUUCUGGCAUGGAGCCGAGAGCUGGCGUCAGAGAAGGUCUCGCAUCAAUUCACGCCCCUAUCAAUUCCCAAUUAUCUACCGAACUUUCUACGGUUGAGUUUGACGAGCAAGCUCCUGAAGAAAAAGGGCCUAAAGAAGCAACUAAUGAAUUAGAUGAGAAGACGAAACAUGGAUGUGCGAUUUGUGCACUCGCCAGUCAACGAGAAUUCGAGGACGUGAGCAUCAUGCCAGGCGGCUCUUGGAAGAUUGUGCGUGAAGACCCCACCUCAGCUGUGGUGAGAUUCAAAGCCGGCAGCAUUGAGCCUGCACAUCACCAUACUUUCGGACACGACUUGAUCGUCAUGAGCGGUAAUAAGACUGUGUGGAACUUGACGACGAAGGAGAAGUUCGACCUCAAGACUGGAGACUUCUUGUACACUCCUGCUGGGGACUUGCACAGAGUCGCCUAUCACGAGGACACGGAAUUUUUCCUUCGGUGGGAUGGUCACUGGGACAUUAUCCUCGACGAAGAUAUCGAAACUGCAAGAGCUGCUUUGUCUGCUUCGUCCCAUUAACCCUGCAGAUUCUCAUAGUACCGCUUUGGCUGACGGCUCAUGAUCUUACUUCUAGCAUCAGCAUCUUAAGUGGAUCCUCUUAUGUUAAAUAUGAUGUAUAGGUGUUUGAUACUUUUAGUAAUGUAUUCCCUGGCAUCCUGUUAUGGUGUUGGCGCCCUUCCUUUCUUUCAAGUAUCAGCUUCAGGUUGAUCAGAAGUUUCUGCUGAUAACUUUACGACUGAGUUUAUGAUUUA